GCAUCAAAAGAGCUGUUAAGGAAGGUCACAAGAAGGGGAAAUGCUCCAAAGCUGGGAGAUGAAAGAUUGGAAAGAUGCAAUAUGCUCUGUUUGUCUGGAGUUCCCCCAUAAUGCUGUUCUUCUCCUUUGUUCCUCUUACACCCCUAUAUGCGUGCAACUGGUAGACGGUUCUCCGAUUGUCUUGACCAAUAUAAGAAAGCUUACACAAAAGUUACUUCAAUAAACAAUGGGUCAGCGGAUAAUUCAAGGGUUAUUUUGGGUGCAGAGGAGGCUGAUGAGGAGCUGGCAGUGCCAGAGCUUUUAUGUCCACUCUGUCAGGGGCAGGUGAAGGGUUGGACAGUGAUGGAAGCAGCCCAAAAGUAUCUAAACAGAAAAAGAAGAUCCUGCUUGCAGGAAAAGUACAAGUAGGUGUAUCAUUGGAUUCUGCUAUUUAGUUUGUUCUGUUGUACUUCGCACCAUGUUAAUCAGAUUAUGAACUGGGAUUUUGAUGUAAUUGGAAAUGACAGCGAAUUUUGGCAGGAAAAUUGAUGGGUUGUUGUACUCUUGUUUGAUUCUUCAUAAUAAUAGAAUAGAAGAUUGACUUGAAGCUGUUUGUUUCGCACUUUAUUGUUGCAGUUGUAUGGAAUACAGGUCCGGGGAAUCC